GCGAACAAAAUGGGAACAGAACGAAAAAGAAACAGUUUAAGAAUCAAAGGUUGUAAAAAAUAAUCGGGAAUCAAACGAAUAUGUGGAUUUGGCGCGUCAAGUAUUGCAGUAAUUCUGCGGGUAGACACAAUUUCGCCAAUGUGUCGCCAAUCGUUAGACUUGCACAACAAUGCCAAAACAUUCGGUCAAUAUUAGUAUAUUAGAGGAAGUAUAUACUCUGCAUUUUCUUACCACAUGUGCACGAAGAUCGAAAAUUGAAAAAUUAUUAUUAAACGUAAGAAAAGAUUUUUAAUUAAAGCUUAUUUAUUUCACUGACUCUUUUACUAGUGGAUAUUUCAGUUAUUAAAAAUGCCAGCUGACAAUGAUAAGGCAAAUUUACUACUUAAUGACGUUUUAAAUGAAUUUGUUGAUGGUAUUGCAAAUGAAGAUGAAGAGUUACAAGGAACGACUAUCAAAAGCUAUAAAUUGUCUAAUAAUUUUGAAAAGAAAAAUGUAGAUUCAAGAGAAAGUUUGGAGGAAGAAAAGUCUGCAACAGAAGUACCAGCAGUUGGAUUUUUCAGCUUGUUUAGGUACUCAAGUGUUGGUGAUAGUGUCUUGAUGGUCUUUGCUGCUGUUAUUGCUGUAAUUUCUGGCGCAUGGUCUCCUGCAGAAACUAUAAUUUUUGGAAAAGUUAUUGACAGAUUGGUUGAUUAUGAUACAACAAAGCAAAACCAUUCUAAAGUCAAUAUGUAAGGAACAUUUAUUUGUGCCUUUCGCUUUGAAGUACUUUUAAUCUUUCAAAAAUGAAUAAUGCAAUGGAUUUCCGAGUGCAUUUGGUGUAUUAUUAUGUCUUCUAAAGUUACAUUCUUAAAAGUUUUUCGAUAGUGUUUCUCUUUCUAAUUGCAUUACGUAGUAUAGUGUGACUGCAAAUGGUGUGUUACAAAAUUUUUAAUCUAGUAAUUGCGGAAUAUGACAGAUUAUCAAAUAUCAUCAAAUAGAGAACAUGUCAUUAAUGAUUUCCUCAAUUAAUAUAGUAGGAAUUAUGGCGUUAACCUGUAGAGCAAGCAUGUCAAACUCGCGGUUCGCGCGGCACAUAUGGCCCUUGACUUAUUUUUCUGCGGCCCUUCGUUCAUUCCGAGAAAAUAACAACAUGUAAGUCUGCUCUUGAGAUGGUCUCCUUGCAAAACGUACUUUUCCAAGCGAUAUUGAGAAACUGAUAAUCUAUUUACAGUGCGCUAGAAAGAAGGAGCACACAGACUUGGCAUUGCUGAAGGCAGUCUUAACACGAUUAAUUGCCCCUACCGAAGAAGUCUUCCAAGUGGGCAUGACCCAAGGAACAAUUUUUGCCUCACAAGUCUGCGAAAUAUAAGUACAAAGCCAAUGAUGAACGACAAGCAUCCAUCUAAAAGGAAACUCAAGCACAUGUACAUGUCAAACAUCGACCGUUCCCCAGCCUUGAGCAAGUGGAGCCAAACCUCCAAAGACAACUUUCGAUAUCUGACAAUAUAAUGUCCCCACAACAAGGGUCAGACAAGACAGUUCAUGCCGAGCCUGAAAUUACCAUCGAAUAAACGACGGUUCUAGUCUUGUGAAGACAAUUAAUUUUUCCCCAGAAGUCGAGACUGUCUAGGUACAGACCUAGCCAGAUCGCUAGGAUUGCUCCCGGUCGACCCCCGAGGGGGCAUUCGAGCACAGUUAGCCCAGGCAAGCCUGGUUACCAGCGGGGCCACGAGGAGACCUAUUUCGGAUUAGAGCAGUGAGAUUCUAUAUAUUGCGCUUCGCUGCUCCUUAGCUAUUCCUCGCUUUCAGAAGAGACCAACCUUAAACAACCGGGUCUCCUCCUAAAACAUUGGUCGGUUCCGGAUAUUCAACCCAGCCCCCCAUUGAGGAUAGCUUCCUCCGCCAUAGUCUAUAGAAUUAACAGAAACACAGUGGACUCUAAAGCGAAAAUUCAGGGUAUCCUUGAAAUUUACGAAUACUCGCCUGCAUGCUUCCAAAACACCAAAAAUUUUGUAUUCUACGUGAUUUCCAUUUUCGGUUAGUAAGGUGCAGCUUUUCUCACAUAUGAAAAGGAACAAGUCUCCAAUGAGAUACAGGCUAACAUUCAUCUGACCUCUUUUCUGAAGGCUGCUAGUGCAAGCAGCGUGUCUCCGAACAUCUUAAAGUUGGUUAUAGGAAAAAGGUGUCAGAUAUCGGGAAGGAAGCAAUAGGUAUCUAUCUGCUAUUCGGGUUUUCUUAAGUUCCUUCUUCGUUUUUAAAGAACUACAUUAGAUAAGGUUUACUUUUACAUUAAAAAAAAAUGGCCUUUUCUUUCUUUCGGCCCAUACUACUGUACAUCUAUGACUAUUUGGCCGUUUGCGAUACUGAUUUUGUCCAUGUAGAGGUUAUAAUGCGCCAAACUAAUGGUGAAUGUAUUCCAUAUUGUACAAGUAAACAGCGCAGUUAUAAAAACCAACUAAAUGGUAUUUUGAUGAACAUAUAUAGAAACGCUGAUUUAUAAACGAAUGAAAAACAAAAGCUCAGUAUAUAAAAAUCAAUUAAAAUCUCAUAAAAGAUGAGUACAGGUAUAAAAUGUCUAUAUGUAAAAGAUUUUAAAUGCACCAUAUAAUUGAAUUAAAUGAUUUUAAAAUCAAUUCAAAUAUAAUAAUAAAAAUCAGAGUUUCUUCAAAACUGGAGUAGGUUCAAACUGAUGUUAUUUGUUCCAAUCAGGUGGUCAAGACUUACAUAAUAAUAGAAUCUAUCAAAAUAGGGACACUCCACUAAAUAUAUUUUCUCCAUAGACUUGCAUCACAAUUUGAGAAAAAAAGUUAAAUUUCGGUUUUCAGUAAAUAAUUAUGAGUAAUUUGAGGGUGACAAAUACUAAGGCGAGUUAAAAGAAUCUUCUGCCGAUUCCUAGUCGUCUUCCAGUACUUCAUUUUAAGAUUUAAGUUCCUCAAUUAGUUAUUCAGCUACCACCCCAGAGUUUAGUACUCAUAUCCACACGCAAUUAUUUCUAGGUUUUUAUGUAUUUAGAUUUUCAUUUAUUAUGUAAUUGCGUGGCAUUUUCGAAUUUAUGUGUAUGUCUAUAUCUAUGUGUUAAAUUAGUUCGGUCUGUAUGAAUGAACAUGUCGCAAAUAUAUGCUAAUAUCUAUGUGUAUUCAUUAUCUAUGUAUUCAGUACCCAGGUAAUGCUGUAUUUAGUACUCAUGUGCACAAGUAAUUAAUUCUUAGGUACUUAUGUAUUAAGAAAAUUAUUUAUUAUGUAUUUAAGUGGCACUUAAGUAUUUAUGCAUUUAUGUGUGUAUUUAUGUGUUUAAUUAGGUUGGUUCGUACGAAAGAACAUGUCGCAAAUGAAUGCAAAUAUUUAUGCAUUCAGUCUCCAGGUUACGUCGUAUUUAGCACUCAUGUGCACACGUAAUCAGUUCUCAGGUUUUUUAUGUAUCUAGGUUAUUAUUUAUUAUGUUUUAAGUGUAUUUAUGUAUUUAUGUAUGUAUUUAUGUGCGUAAUUAGGUCGGUCUGUAAUGAAUGAACAUGUUGCAAAAGUAUGCUAACAUUUAUGUAUUCAGUAUCCAAGUCACGUUGCAUUUAGUACUCAUGUGCACGCCUAUUAAGUUCUCGGGUACUUAUGUAUUUAGGCAUUUACUUAUUAUGUAUUAAGAGGCAUUUACGUAUGUAUGUAUCUAUGUGUGUAUACAUGCGUUUAAUUGGGUCGGGUUGUAUGUAUGAACAUGUCGAAAAAGUAUGUUAAUAUUUAUGUAUUCAGUAUCCAGGUAACGUUGUAUAUAGUACUCAUAUGCACACGUAAUUUGUCCCCAAGUGUUUAUGUAUUUAGGCAUUCAUUUAUUAUGUAUUAACGCGGCAAUCACGUAAUUAUGUGUGUAUUUAUGUGUGUACCUAUGUGUUAAAUUACUUUGGUCUGUAUGCAGGGGCGUAGCUAGAGGGGGCCAAGGGGGGCAUCUGUCCCCGGGCGCAGAAUCCAAGGGGCGCCAAACUGAUGUUAGGACAUUUUAAAAUUAAAUGUUUUCCAUCCUUGGCAAGCAGUAGGGGGCGCGAAAUCUUCAGUUGUCCCUGGGCGCUGAAAACCCUAGCUACGACUCUGUCUGUAUGCAUGACCAUGUCGCAAAUGUAUGCUUAUAUCUAAGUAUUCAGUUUUCAGGUAACGUCGUAUUUAAUACUCAUAUGCACACGUACUUAGUUCUCAGGUAUUUAAGUAUUUAGGAAUCUUUUUAUAAUGUACUUAAGUGGUUUUUUUGUAUUUAUGUAUCUACGCGUGUAUUUAUGUGCUUAAUUAGGUCGGUCUUAUGAAUGAACAUAUCGCAAAUGUAGCUAACACUUAUGUAUUCAGUAUACAGGUAACGUUGUAUUUAGUACUUAUGUGCACACGCAAUUAGUUCUCAAGUAUUUAUGUAUUUGGGUAUUUACUUGUUACGUAUUAAGUGGCAUCUAUGUAUGUAUUUAUGUGUUUAAUUAGGUCGGUUGUAUGAAAGAACACGUCGCAAUGUCUGCACAAUGAUAUCAAACGAAUGUAUUACUGCCCUUGUUCGGCCAUGUAAACUUUUUAUUGGAGUUCAAUAUACGCUGGGCCCGGACACUUUGGACGGGAGUCCACCCUUUUGGCAUUUGGUCGGCAGGACUGCUGACGGUCCGGUCCGGGCGUUGGGACAGGGCGUCCUUUUCGAGGCUCGCGUGUGGCCCCUCAAGCCGGACUCUAGAUAAGGGAGGACGUGGCGCUAUACCAAUACGGGUGGCUAAAACCCGCCGGGAACUGAAGAAAUUCAACCAAUCAGAAUAAGCUACCGCCGGAGACUGUUUUUGGCGACCAAUUUUUAUGCCAGCAAUUGAAGGGUUUGUUUUGGAUUUAUUUUCCGCUCAUAUUCCUCUUUUCGUAUCUUUUGAUUACGUCUUUUUCGCAUCAAUUUAUAAUAGUUUUCUAACUUUUAUUGCUAUAAAAGACAAUGUAGUGAAUACGAAAAAUUCGGUGGAUUAUCACGUGAAAUGUGUAAUAAAAUUUCUAGCUUGUUCCCGCAAAAAAAGGUGUACGGUGUUGUAUCGCAAAAGUUUUAUGCUAAAUUGUACAUUUCACUUUAUUUUGUGGCACUGAAAAUUACAGAAAGAAUUUAUUUUUUGAUCAUCAAGAAAAAAAUGCACAUGAAAAAGGCUUAUUAAUUUGGCCUGUGCAGAAGAUGUGUUGCUUUUUUCUUUUUAAUAUUUAUAUAUAUAUAUAUAUAUAUAUUCUUAAUAUAUAUAUAUAUAUAUAAGUAUUUAUUAGGUACUCAAAUUUAGCCAACAAAGCCACAUGCAGAACCUAUAUAUAUAUAUGUAUUAAAAGAUUCCUAAAUAAUAAUAAAUAAUUUGAUUGAACUUUUUCUAAAAUGCAUUGCGUUUUUGUGUGAUAUUUGAUUUUUAAGAAAUGUAGCA